AGCUCCUCCUCGCGAUGGCGGCCGCCAUCACAACCGACCCGCGCAGCGCGCAGCAUGGCGCGCCAUCCUGCUCUUGCUUCCUGCAUUCACUUUCCUCGUGCUCGCCGUCUCUGUCCCAAGCUUUCAUUGGAACCUUAAGCGUCGAAUAAUCACUGGAUACGCCGAUAGACUGCCACGAAUUAACCGCCCCCGAUAGAUAUCUCGAAGACCACGUAGACCACCUUGCUCCGCCUUCUCCGAGACACCCUGCCCCCGCCUUCCUACUUGCUCUUAACCCCACCAAACGCCCUUUGCGUUCACCCUCCACACCAUACACCCACCAUGCCCACCAAGCGGCUCCGCGUCCUCGCCGGCCCCACCGCCGAUCCGGCGAAUAUGAGCGACAUCACCCAGCUCGUCAACUCACCGACGCCCUUCGAGAUCAAGUCAGAGGACUUCGAGGGCAGGAUCGUGGCAUGUAUCAAGGAUUUCCACGCGGGCGUGGGCGAGGGCGAGGGAGGGACGGAGGACGGAGAAGGGAAGGACGAUAAGAACGACGGGAGCUGGUAUUUUGGAAGGGCGGACAGGCAGGGGGUAACGUGGAGUAUACAGGUGCAGGGCCGCUUCCUCAAACCGCACCCCGCCUCCAACAUCCUCUUCGGCAACAUCUUCGACCGCCCGCUGAGGCUGCCCUGGGGCAGCGGCGCCGCGCUGAAAUUCAUGAGCUUCAUCGACCCCACCCUCACGCACGACCUCGGGUCGCAGACGACGCCGUGGGCGCUCUCGCCGCUCGUCUCUACGAUGCCGUAUCUGGAUAUCUCGCCCGCGGGGCAGGAGCCUGCAUUCCCGCAUGGCGACAAGGUGUCUGGGUCCCCUUCGUCUGAGCCAUCACCCGUCUCUUCCCCCGAAGCUAGCCGCCCGCCUUCCAAAGCGCCGUCUCGUGCCUCGAGCAUCAAGUCCAUCAAGGGCAGGCUAAGGUCGGGGUCGAGAGCGUCGGUCCUGUCCUCUUCGAGGGGUUCGCCGCCUUCGGCGUCCAAAGAACCCUCCCGUAAAUCCAGCCUCGCUUCCCUCCGACACAAGUCGAGCAUCGCGUCUAUCAAGAACAAACUCGCGGGCUCUUCGUCGAAGCUGACCGGCUCCUCCUCGAAGGCGCCAUCCCGCGCAGGAACGAGGCCGCCGACGCCGGUGGACGAGGAUGUAGCGGACGUGGAGGACGCGACGCCUCUCGGCGAAGGCGCGACCGGCGAGGCCUCCACGUCCAUCGGCAAAGAAGCCUUGGCGGAGGAUGCCGCCGACGCACUCUCCUGGACUUUUGACAACGCGAGCGCACGGAAAGCUCAUUUCUCUACGCCGGCCGCACGCGAGGAGGCCGUGUUGGGGCCCGACACCGUCGUUACCUGCGACUUUGCGUACGGCUUCCUCUCCUUCUCGCCAUCUAUCUCUCUCGUGCUUCCUGGUGGCCUCUCGUUUGACUUAAUGCGAUAUUGGGAUGGCCAGCCGGUGCGCUUUGUGUGCUGUGAGCGAGCGAGCGGGGGUGGGAAGAGGGAUGCGAAUGGGGUGAGGCAGGAUGUUGGCGGAUCGGAGGAGCUGCCGUGGGGGAAGGUGAUCUGGUCGGUGUGUAUAGAGCUGGUGGAGGAGGAUGAUUAGAUAUUUUGGAGAGGACCAAUAGAGGUACAUAUACGACUCGGACUGUAGCCGCCUAGUACUUAAUAGCGCAUGACAGCCGUGUAGCUUAGCAAACUAUAGAACACGUAGAGAACUAUACACACUGUACAUUACAUAUACCAUAUCUACAUAUCUCUGUGCUGUUAUGAACUCAACGAAGCUGACGAU